AUGGCAAGCAGAACAGGACUUCCUCUCAAAAUCCUAUCAACCUCUCUUAAGAAGCUCAGAUACAUCUCGGGUGCAAUGUUUUGCGGUAGAAAAGAAGUCUCUCAUGUAGAAAUUGCCGGCACGUGUAUAUAUAAAGGGAAAACCUCUUCCAGGAUAUUGGACUUUUGCGGGGAAGUACCUGUAGAAAUGGGAGACCAGGAAAUAGACUUGGGCUCAUCCUACCUGCUUGUAUGCAAGAUAUACAUAAGAAAUGGGGUCAUAGGCUUGUACUGUAAGUCUGCACGGAAGAUGGGGAUUUUUGAAGAAAUGUUUUUCUGGGCUGAAGUAGUAAGCCUGGGGAGAACACUGCAAUGCAUUCGAAACAGACACUGA